CACUGUUUUUUAAACGAAGCGUUUGGUGCGCGCGCGCGGCUCACGUGCGCACAGGCACGGGCUUUUAAGAAAAGAAAAAAAGCUGAGAACAUUCGUUGGAUAAAAAAAGUGGCGAGAAAAAAAUAAUAAUUUUGGAAAGUUUAGAUAUAAAAAGUCUUUUUUUUCCCCCGUCGCUUUUUGAGCCUCAAAAUCUAGUUUCGAUGUACAUAGACACGUUUAAGCGGCUCCUCUCUCAACGGCUGAACUGCCUGAGGAGAAUGUGUGUGUGUCGGCGGCAAUGCGGUUCGAUUACCAUGGCUAAGGUGGUUGGGAAGAAGCUGCACUGGCGCUCCAAGGUGCAGGAGAGCUUCGUUCCUCUGCUGGGCAGCUCAGGGGAAUUGGGUGUGGCCAUCGGAGGCGGCGCAGACUAUGGCGAGUUUCCGUUUGUCACAGCCGCGCCGGGAGGUGGGAUCACAGUUGGCGAAAUCAUUUUGGAGAUCGGCGGGACACCUGUUCUGGGAAUGACCUUAGGUGACGUACGUGGAGUGCUGAACUCCUGCCCACAUCCUAUUCGCAUCAAGACUGUUACACCAGACUCAACACUGUGUAAAGAUCUGAGGUUGUAUCUGAGUAAAUGUUUCACCCCUGGUUGUAUGGACAGCCAGCUUCAACAAGUCAUACGGGAAAAUCUCUAUUUGCGUGCAGUACCAUGUACAACCAGACAGCCUCGAGAUGGAGAGAUCUCAGGAGUGGAUUAUAACUUUGUGUCUGUUGAAGAGUUCUUCUCUCUAGAGGAGUCAGGAGCUCUGCUGGAGAGCGGCAAAUUCAAAGGGAACUACUACGGAACCCCUCGACCAAUCCACAUCGGUCCCGACAGCCCCCCCAUCACGUACCAGGAGCACCGCAAGCUUCUAAGGAACUUCCGCACACGCAGCAAAUCCCUCAGUAACCUGGAGAAAGCGGCAGAGGAAGGCUACAACAGUGAGGGAGACUCUGGGCUAUCAGGUGGCUCAGGAGGUGCCAGCAGUGUCCCCGCCCCAACAUCAUCCCCGAGCCAGUCUCGUGACUCCAGCGGAGGGGACGGCAGUGGCUUUGAGAACGGGAGCAGGCACAGAAGAGGACCACAGAGGGCGGGGCUUGAAACCUGGGAAAUGACCUACAGUGACUCAGGGGAACCAUACUACACAGAUCAUCAGCCCAAACCAACUUACUGGCACACCCGACGCACGUCGAGUCAAGAGUCGGUUUUCAUGACUGACAUCUGCGAGUUCACAGAUCAGCCAAGCGAGCUGAGAGGAUACUCGGUCCACACUCGGGUGUGUAAAGGACCCCGGGGCUUCGGCUUUAACUUCGCUGGUGGCAGGCGGCCUCGAGAGUUCAUACAGAUAUACAGCAUCACACCUGGAGGGCCAUCGAAUCUUAACAUUGGAGAUAUCCUGGUGUACAUUAACGACGCCUGUGUGCUGGGCACCUCUUAUACAGAAGUAUUGGAAAUGUUGAAGGUUGUGCCAGUGGGCCAGAGUGUGGACAUGGUGGUCCGAAGAGGCUACCCCAUGCUCUAUGACCCAGAUGGUAGCCCAAGACUGUCUCGGGAGACUGCUUCCCAACCUUCACCUCUUCCAACCACCACCCAGCCCAAAGCCCAGGCUCUACUCCCACAAUCCCAGACACUUCACAAUCACAGUGGGCUUAUGUACAAUGCAGAAGGAAGAUAUCCUAGAGCUUACGGAAGAAGUGCCUCCAGGUUCAGCCUGGACGCCAAUGGAAACGCUUCACAUUAUUCACCACCUCCGAGAAUGCCGUCUUCUUACCGAUACUCCAGCGAGGGAGAGAGUGAUAUCGUGAGGCCGCAGUAUUCCCAGAGAAGGAUCAGGCAGCUGCAGAGAGCAGAUCUGGCCAGCCAGAGUGACAGCGAAGUCGUUUCAGCUAUAGGUUCACACAGAGCCUCCUUUAUCCGAAACCACAACAACAACUCACUCUACCCACCAUCACCUUUGCGCGUUUACUCUACUAAGUCCUCAGACAGUGACCUUUCCUCCUAUGCCCCGAGCCCGCCCCUCUCUCGCUUACCCCUCCCUCAAACGGAAUCAGGCCACGCCUCCAUCUCCUCCUCCCCUGGCGGAGGGAGACGAUACUCAAACAUUCACAACGGUCAACGUUCCCUGCUCACCCCUCCCACCAGCGUGCACUCAGAUGGGCCGUACUUCACUUUUGGAAGUGCCAACAGCGGCAGUCCAGGCAGCAGCGUCCCAUCACCAGGGGGGAUGAGCAAUGGUGGUGGCCGGGAGCUGGUGCCCAUUGCCCUGGCAAAGUGCGACCAAGAUGGGAGUUUGGGGUUCAGCUUGAUUGCGGGCGGACAAGGCGGCAGGGCAGCGGUGGUGAAGAGAGUGUGGGACCGGCAGCUGUGUAACGGUCUCCAACCAGGAGACACCAUCGUGAAGAUCAACGGAGCCGACGUGCAGAGCCUCAGCUUCAUUCAGGUCUAUCGUAUUUUGGAAGAGCACACCAAGAAUGGAGAGGUCAUCCUGCUAGUUCAGAGAGGAGGCUCCAUAUAUUCUUCCAUCUCUCCAAAGUCUAGACGUCAACACAGCCCCACCCUGCCACGCCCUGCCUCUGCCUCUCAGAUCCCUCUUACUGACACUCCACCUCUGCUACGCAAGUCGCUUACUCCUCCUCCUCAGUCACUGGUGCGGUCUUCUUUGGUCCAGAGCACCAGCUUCUUGGACUCUGUACCUGUCACACUAACGCUGGAGCCUCGCGAUUGGAUGAGUACUGAGGAGGGCGGGACUACGCUCAAUCCCAGAUUGAAGACAGAAGAGAAGGGCAGGCCGCCUCUGACACGGGGAUUCGAGGUGGAGCUAAGGAGGAGGCCAGGAGAGGGAUUUGGAUUUGUGAUUGCAUCACAGGACGUUGAGAACGGCAGAGCGGCUUCUCUGCUGCCUCACCGGUUUGUGACAGUACGCCGUGGCAGUCCUGCAGCACGAAGCGGCCUGAUUCGGCCCGGCGAUCGGCUGGAGUCGGUAGAGGGACGCAGUGUGGUCAAUCUGCCCCACAGAGAGCUGGCACAGAUACUGCGCAGAGCGGGCAACACGUUGCGGCUGACCGUUGUCCCUCGCGCCAGCGCUCAUUCCACUGAGCACUCAGACAGCGAUCCCCAUCCCAGAAGCAGAAAGCCUCACAGGUCCAAACCUAAGGACUCAUCACGGUACUACAGUGUGGAGCUAGAGAGAGGUCCAACUGGGUUUGGGUUCAGUCUUAGAGGAGGUAGCGAAUAUAACAUGGAUCUUUAUGUUCUGGGCCUGAUGGAAGGAGGACCGGCCUCAAGUAGCCGAAAGAUGCAGGUUAGUGACCAGUUAGUGGAAAUCAAUGGGAAAAGCACAGCAGGUAUGAGCCACAGUCAGGCUGUGGAGCAGAUCAGGACUGCAGGCCAUAAGAUCCAUCUUGUCCUGAAAAAAGGCAACGGAUACGUUCCCGACUACGGCCAUGAUCAAGGAGCAGCCGUCUCCUCCCUGCCCUCAGCCCUGCAGCCGCAUCUGGCUGCAGUGAAUCACCAUCACCGCCGUCUGAAUUCCACGUCCAGCCCUCCAAGAACAGGCAGGACCCUCGGCCAGAGAGGAAGGACAGAGCACCAGGGCCGGGAGGAGAGCCCCAAACGAACACAGGUCACAGGUCACGGGUCAAAGGACAGGAGGAGGAGACAAAGCUACCACAGUUUACCCAGAACUUUCCACAGAGGACACAGCGAUGAAGAGGAUAUCAGUGAACCAGCAACGAGAGGAAGACCUAAGCAGAGAGAGACAAAAGGGGCAACAGGUAGGAGGAGUAAAAGUGAGGAGAGAAGGGGACAGCCAACAAAUGAGAUAGAGGAAGAGACUCAGGGAGAGGAAGAGCAGCGAGACAGAGAGCAGGAGAGAGAAGAAAUGCACAUGAGUAUUCAUGAGCAGAGGUUUACAGAGUUAAUUAAGAAAUGGAACGAGAAGUUAAAAAAGAAAUCGGACACCAAGGAAGGAGAACUGCAAACCAGUGUGUUUUUGCACAAGGAUGAAAGGGGAAAUCUGGGAGGUGAAAACUAUAGAGCGAGGAGGAAUGAGCAGGAGCCGAAAGUUGAGUCAAAAAUUAAGACAGAGCAAAUGCUGCCAAAUGAUUGGGGGAGAGAGAGAACAUGGCAGCAGGAUGUCAAGACUCUACCCUAUGUUGGUAUGUCUUUGCCAGGGCAAGAAAAGAUUCAGUCUAACCACCUCUCUGCCCAUGAAUCCAGUCAGUCUCCAUUCUCCUUUCUCAUGUCCCGUCAACUGCAACACACAGAGCCAGAAUCAGAAGUGAGUGCUUUGAUUGCUAACGGAUCAGAUGCCAGAUGCCAAGUUCUCUACAUAUAGAAGUUCAGGAGCCACGAGCACCGUAGUCCCUGGCCCAAAUCCAGUCUUCUCACACUCUGUAGAGAAAUGGAUAGAAACCGACUAACAGGAAGCUUAAAGAAGCAAGCGGUGAGAGAGAAUUCCAUCACCUGACAUAUAAUACCACAAUAAUUGAAAACUAGCUGUUGGGCCAUAUCACCUUUUACAGAUUAGAAUGAGAAAUGUUCAGGGAGGGAGACUACAGCCAUACUGUGGUCCUUAUACUAUAUAAGGAAUAUAAAGUGUUUGUAAGGAUGAACUAUCCUCUCCUGCCACUUCAUCUUUCCGUCUCCUGCUUUCCUUCCUCAGUUGAAUGCUUGAGGGACGUUUUCUGUCCUCGUGUUUUUGUCAUACGUUGUGCCUGUUUUUAGAUUCUGCUUGUUGUGUAUUACUCUUCCUCUUAGCUCUGGGUCAAUCUUUUUCUCUCUGCUCUUUAAUCGUCUUGCUUUAUUUUUUUCCGAAGCUUGCUAUUACGGAAGGGAAGACCGGUUGAAUGAGGAUCUAGUUUUGUCUCAGAAAGGUGGGGAAGACAUGAAGCAUUACAAUUCCACAAGCCAAGAUUUUUUGAUAUGCAAAUAAAGAUGAAUGUUAUGCGUUAUGUAUAUUAAACAUUUCCCUUUUUUUUUUUGGGUUGUAGGAAAGUAAUUCAAAACCACGGGACAGGGCGUUACUCAUAACACCCAGAAGCUGAUUGCUUUCCUAUAACAACAUGCCAUGAAGUGUUUUAUUCCCUUUUAUACCACAGCAGUCCCAAUUAUCACAAAUUUAAAUUUAUUAAUGAACGCGUCGUCUCAUUUAUAGCAACAUGAAACGAAACAUCUGUAAGACAAUUGAAUUUUCCUCUUGACUUGGCAGCUGUAAACAGUUCCUCCCUCAUCAGCCUUUCUUUUGUUCCUUGUUAAUAAGACAAAAGAUUUACAGAGAAACCACAAAUCUCAAAGACUCUCCUGCAGCAGAAAGCUGACUUAAAAAGCCCAGGCAUUUGAAGACUCCUUAUGUUUAUUCCUUGACUUAAAUUAUCAUCAUUCAAGUCUCUGUAAAUGAGCUAUUGCUAAAUAAAUAAGUAAAAUAAAAAAUAUAGAAACGUUAACAUAUUACAAUGAAUGCAUUAACACACACCUGUUUCAGAGCUGCUUGUAUUGAAAAACUAUAUUUUGUCCAAUCAGAUUUUGAGAAUUAAACAAUGCAGUGGUAUAAAAGACAUUAACUUAUUGUAUCGCCUUUUUCUUGGGAAUCCUUUCCCAAAUGACAGAUUGUGUAUUUACCACACACUCAUAUACUACAAAAGGGAUUGAGCCCUACAGGCUUUAUGCUUUCUAAGUGAACCUUAGAUCAUUUUGUGGCUCAGUUAAACAUCUCUCUGUCAUCUCACCAUCGUCCUUCUAACUUCUCUGACCUCGGAGCCUAGAAUAUGAACGCCUGAUGAAUGAUAAGCCAUUGCCUAUGGCAAUAACCACAUGACUGAUAUUCUAUGUUGCCUGUGAAAGUCACGUUGUCCUACAAUGUCCAUUGUUAAGUAGCGAAAUUACACUAUGCAGCAGCGAAAUGGAGGAUUUAAGGAGGAACAGAGAUAGCCAGCAGCCACAGAGUGUCACUACGCAUUUCACUCCCAAACUCAGAGAUCAUGAAACAGUAGCUGAAAAGUGCCCUCUGUGUUCCAACACGACACAUUCAAGACAUCACUCCCCCAUCUCCUUCCUCCUCCCUUUGACGUUCCGCACUGGACGGAUAUGCACCUCAUGGAUAUGGACUACUUUUAUCGAUUAUACCUUUUUUUUUAACCAAAGACUGCAGUAAAUCUUUGAAGCUGGAAUCACAAGCCUUUGUUUGAAAACUGUGUAAAGCCUAUAGGAAGCGGUUGGUGAUGUUUUAUCUUUUGGACUUUCGUGCGGUCAGUGUCCUUAACUUGUUCUGUCUAAAUGUUCAAAUAAGGGCAAUGGACAUCAAUACAUCAAUGUAUUAUGCUGCUAUUCAGCCAUAAACCAGUGUAGACGAAUUAUUAACUACUUAGUGUUCUUUCCUAUGCCUCAGGAGAAAUUCUCAGAUGGACGUAUAAAAUGUUUUUGGGUUUUUUUUUUUUUCUCCAGAGGUAUGAGAUGGGAGUAGGUUUAGAAAACAAAAAAUAAUGAUAAUAAUGAUAAUUUUGUACUUAUAAUAACUAGAGUGUCAGAUGCCAAAUGUAUACUAGUAACCAGUAUGAUGUCACCAUUUUAAAGCAUCCAUAUAGCCAUCUAGUUUCUACGUUUCCCCAGCAGGUCUGGGCUAAGUUUCAGUCUCAGUGUGUGCAGUAUGUGCUGUAAAGUAAGAGCAUUCAUAAACGUAAGAAAAAGGAAAUGAGCCAGUGCCAGAUGCAGCUUUACAUUUGAGAUCCUUUCCUCUUUUUGCGAUAUAUAUAUAUAGAUAUAUGUGCAGGUAUAUAAAUCUAUCUA